AUGGUGGGCAAGAGGGCUUUCGAUUCCCGUUACGAAAGAUCGCGGCCUCAUUACCAAGCUGAUGGCGACCUCGAGGCGGGAAAAGGCGGCAGACGAUUUGGUGGCUUUAAAGAUGCUGUCGAUUAUGUGAUGGAUCGUGAAACGACAGCAGCGUUUAAAAAGCGACUACGAGAAGGUGUCCGUCUUGAAGAGUUCGAGGGCCAUCGGAAGAGCGAUGAAGAGUUGAAAAGAAUCAAAAAUAAGAAGGUGCGAAAGUUCUACGAGGCUCAGAAUGCCAUUUUGAAUGACUGGGCGGAAGUCGAUACCAUUGUGUUGGCUAUGGCGGAUGAUGUGAUGGAAUCCAUGAACACGGAUGCCGACCAUGAUGGUAUUAGGGAAAGGGAUGGCAUCUUGCAAGGUGUGGAGGAGCACAUCGAAGAUUUGUUACCCGAUGAGGUGCAAGAGCAACGUCGCAAGGCCGCUCGGAACGCGAGAUUGGCGAUCAAUAUCAACGUGAUCGCCAAUAUUAUUCUGCUGGUGGCCAAGGGCAUCGCCGCGCUCAAAUCCUCAUCACUAUCACUGAUGGCUUCCCUACUCGAUUCAGCGCUCGAUUUGUUGUGCACGGCAAUCGUCUGGACGACAAAUCGUCUUGUAUCAUGGCGACUAUCAGCAUUGGCUCGCAAAUUCCCCGUCGGACGUCGGAGACUCGAACCACUGGGAAUUUUGGUUUUUUCGAUCAUCAUGGUCAUAUCUUUCGUGCAAAUUCUGCAAGAAUCGGUGCAGAAACUCCUUCCCAGUGGUGAUCACAAGAUCGCCAGCCUCACGACCGUGGCAAUCGCUUCCAUGGCAGGAACUGUUGGACUCAAAGGACUGAUCGGAUUGGGAUGCAUGCGUAUCAAGACUACACAAGUGCAAGCUCUCGCGCAAGAUUGCAAAACGGAUGUGUACUUUAACACAUUGUCCUUGCUCUUCCCAUUGAUCGGAAAACAUGCUGGUAUCUGGUGGUUAGACCCAUUGGGCGCUGCACUGCUCUCAGUCUAUAUCAUCUACGACUGGGCAGAUACCUGUUUCGAGAAUAUCACCCGUCUCUGUGGACUGGCUGUGGACAAUGAUGUGCAAAGGAAGCUCGUCUACUUGGGUUAUCGAUUUAGCAAUCUGGUCACCGGAUUCAAAUCAAUUACCGCCUACCAUGCUGGCGAUGGAGUUUGGGCUGAGUAUGAUAUCCUGCUUGAUGAGACGACACCUCUGCGGAGGACACACGAUAUUGCGGAAACACUGCAGUAUUGUGCAGAGGCUCUGACGGAGGUGGAUCGAGCCUUUGUUACGACGGACUAUUCUGCACAAAAUCCUGGUGGUCAUACCAGGGAUCUCUAG